CGCACUGUGCGCAUGCCCCGUCGGCGCCCGCUCCGUCAGUCUCGUGCGGCGGGACGCGGUCCGGAGGCGCGCGAGUCAUGGCGGCCCCCGGCGGCGCCGCGGCUUCCAUACUGAAAGAUGUGGUGGCCUAUGUUGAAGUGUGGUCCUCCAAGAGAACUGAAAAUUACUCAAAGACUUUUACAAACCAGCUUGCAGAUAUGGGAGCAAAGGUUUCAAAAACUUUUAACAAACAAGUAACGCACGUUGUUUUCAAAGAUGGUUAUCAGAGCACGUGGGACAAAGCCCAGAAGAGAGGAGUGAAGCUCGUGUCUGUUCUCUGGGUGGAAAAGUGCAGGACAGUGGGAGCGCACGUGGAUGAGUCGCUGUUCCCUGCGCCCAACACCACGGAGCACUUGCCAAGCCUGAGGAAGAAGCGUAAAUGCAUGCAGCCCAAGGAUUUUCUUCCCAGAACACCAGAUAAUGAUAAAAGACUUCAAAAGAAAUUUGACAGAAUGGCUCAAGAGCUACAGAGGCAGAAAACUACUCAAGAUAAUAUCCCUGUUCUUUUGUUUGAACCUAAUGGUGUGCUCACGUACAGUUCGACCGUUCAUAGCUACAGUCACCACUCUGCGAUGGAGAAGAGGCUCCAGGCAAUGAAAGAGAAGAGAGAAAACCUUUCCCCUACUUCUUCCCAGAGGUUUGAGCAGUCUGAUGAGAAGCCGGGUCGCUCAGUGUGUGACGUGCCGCUGAGCGACUUGCAGAGUACUUCGCUUACAGGUGAAUCCUUUGCUGGGGAUUUACACUCAUCCUUUGAUGAAAUUUUUGGAAACUCAGAAUGUGGAAAUCAGAAGACUAUAUUGGGAGUACCUACAAAUGAAGUGAAAAAUGACAAAUGCAUUGAUUCACCUGAAUUGGAAAUAAAAAGCAUUCAGUUAGCCUCCUCUGCUUGCGUGAGUCACACAAGUCCUCCAAAACCUGUGAAUAAUCACUCAGAGAAAAAAAUAGAUGGGCCAGAAGACCCUGUCGGUGAUGUAGCCACCUCUGACAGAAAGCAAGCUGAAGGUAUAUCUAAAAAGAUAGGGUCGCUGGUGCCUUCUGCAGCCCACGGCUGUCUGACUUCAAGACCUAGGAAUUUCUCAACAAAGAGAAAAAGAACACUGGCUCCAGGUGAUAACCCAAAGAAACGGUCCAGGAGGACAUUAGUCUUGCCGCUGUGUAGCUCGGGCAGCAGCCCGCGGUUCUUGGCCAGCCCUACCGCUGAGGCCCUGGACGACGCCGAGGCCUCCUACGAGGAUUACUUUUCCCCUGGUAACCUCAAGGAAAGGGACUCGGAGAGGCUUCUGUCUGAGUCUCCACUGCCAUCACAGCCUGUGCCGAUCCACGGCUCAAGUCUUUCCAAGAGGGAGAGAGCAAGCAUCUUAGGGAUGUCUGACUUUUCCUGCAUUGGUGAAGAGCCCAGGGCAGCUGACUUUACCAGUUUAGUAGGGAAACUUAGCUUCAGUCGUCAGAACUCCACAGACGAACUUGAAGACAGUACAGCCUUAAAUUUCCCGGCUUCCAAGGAGACAGCUGCUCCAGAAAACUCCGGAGGUGACAGCCAGGCAGGCCUGCAGCAGGGACAGGACCCCGUGUGCCCACGCAGGGACAGCUCCUCUCACCCUGAUGACACUGCACGUCCCGGAGGACAUGGCGGCAAGCUGACCUCCAUGGACAGACAGCCGACUGACCCUCCAAGCAUGCAGAAGCAAGGUGUCAGUUCCAGGAGGCUGAGCUCCUGUGCUGCUGGUGUGCAGAGCGAGCGUGAGCUAAAUGUGAUAGAUGCUUGUAAGGUGGAGAAGUCUACGGAGGAAAAGGAAAACAUGUCCAGAGGAUACAGUGAAAGUGUCAACAAUGGGCCAACAAGACACAAUCCCUCAUCGUGUGUAGGCUCUGAGCUCCUCAUCAGACCUCAGGAGGAGUUGAAGACAAGUGGCAAAAGCAAGAAGCCAACAAGAACAUUAGUCAUGACAAGCAUGCCAUCUGAGCAACAGAAUGUCAUCAUCCAGGUCGUGAGAAAGCUGAAAGGUUUCACAGUGACAGCUGAGGUCUGUGCCACCACAACCCACGUGCUGGCCGGGCAGCCCCUCCGCACCCUCAACGUGCUACUGGGCAUCGCGCGUGGCUGCUGGAUUCUCUCCUAUGAGUGGGUUCUGUGGUCUUUGGAACUGGGUCAUUGGAUUUCUGAGGAACCGUUUGAACUGUCUAACUACUUUCCUGCAGCUCCUGUCUGCCGUCGCGAGCGUCACUUGGCCCUGGGACAGUACCAGGGGACCCUCUUCGCUGCUCAGCCUCCCAUGUUCAUCUCGCCAGCCAGCAGCCCUCCCUGGGCCAAGCUGUGUGAACUGGUGCAGCUGUGUGGCGGUCAGGUCAGCCGAGCUCCUGGCCAGGCCAGCAUCUGUAUUGGGCCUUACAGCGGGAAGAAGAAAGAAACAGUCAAGUACCUGUCAGAGAAAUGGGUCUUAGAUUCCAUCACGCAGCACAAACUCUGCACCUCCGACAACUACCUCUUGCCACAGUGACCAGGACAUUACGCACAUGGCUGCUGGCAAAGCCACAUGGAUGGCGUAGGACCCUGAAGCGAGAAACAGCUGUGAGAAGACAGGCCUAGCGUGCCAUGUGCUCUGGUCGCGUCUGCCUGUGUGUGCUGCGAUGAGGCCUCCUCUCUCCGCCUCCCUGUUGACCAAGCUUGCUGUCAUCAGCGUCGGCAGCCCUGGUUUGUGAUGCCAGUCUGUGAAUCGUAGCAAGGACUGUGAUUCGUGGAUCACUGGACUUCUGUCAUUAAAGUGCUGCUAAUUAAAGUGUGGAAAGUCAUCGGAAUUGUUCUGAUAUGGAGAGCAGAGCCCCCUGAGUUUCCUGGCAUGGGCUCUGAGGUGUUUGUGAAUGGGUCACAUGCUAGAAAUGAAAGCCAUUCACCACAGUCUGGCUGCGAUGUCCCUGGC